UUUUGGCUUUUGUAUCUCAAUUCAUUAUAUAUUAAUGAAUUGCUUAUUCUCAACUUUGUUAUUUUUGAACAUAAGUGUUAGAUGAUAAUUAAAAACGAACAUAUUAUAUGUAAAUAAUUAAACUGAUAAGAGUACUGUAAAUUAUAUUUUGUUUAUAUUCUCUCGUUUUUCUACAAUUCUUUUACAGUUUUUUGGUAUGAAUGUUUUUCAAUCUAAUACACUAAUGUAUAUCAUUUACAAAAAAAAAUGAUUUUUUUUAUAAGCCACAUUCAUUUUAAAAUGGUAUUCAUGGCAUAGAACUAUAUAACAUAUUCUUUUUUUUUUCUUUUUUUGUCAGCAACUAUAUAACAUAUUUAAAAAUGACAUUUAUAACAAAAUAACAUAUUUUAAACCCGCGGAUUGGCUCGCAAAACCGCUUAGCUAGACAGGUCGGGCUUGGACAUAUAUAUAUAAACCGCAAUCUGCAGUGGACCAACCCAGUCCAUAGAAUAAUUGAAUCCACUGCGGGUUGGGUUACUUGGACCCGGGUUGACCCGUCUGACAUCUCUACUCACACCAAUAAACCUGAAAAUAGAAUUAAUUAUAGAUUAAAAACUCUAUGUUGGUGGAAGUUCCUUAGUCCAGUGGUUUAUUAAGUGUUCAUUAAUGCUUCUACAUCCGAAGGUCUGGAGUUCAAACCCCCAGAAAACGCAAAUUAUGCAUAUUAUGGAGAAAAAUGAUUACAAGAAGUCUUCAGCAUGGCGCAUGGCGUAUUAUCGAACAUGGAUCUCAUAGGGCGGCUCGGAGUGACACAGUCAGACGUGUAUUCUCAUCUGGUGGUAGAAUUGUCGGCUGUAAAAUCGUCUAUGUAAUAUUUUUUAAGCGUAUUAUCGAACAUGAAUCUCAUAGGGCGGCUCGGAGUGAUACAGUCAGACGUGUAUUCUCAUCUGGUGGUAGAAUUGUCGGCUAUAAAAUUGUCUAUGUAAUAUUUUUUAGCGUUGUAAUAACAUAAUUAAUCAGACGUUAAAAAAAAACUCUACGUUUGGGAAAUUAAAAUCAUCUUGCAAGUUGCAAGUUAUGACCAAAAUCAUUGACUAGUCACUGCACAGCACAGCAUAUAUUCAAUGUACCAAUUCUUAUGGAAAUAUAUAUUCUCUCAGAUAAAAACAUAAUAUCUUUCCUUUUCAACUGCGAAACCGAAACACUUGAAUUCAAAGACAUUAAUUCUGUAUAUACACAAUGAUGACCAGUGAAAAGAUAAUAUAUUAGAGAGAAUGGUGAAGUUGAUUAGGACUUUGCCCUGAAACAUCCUUCUCUCCGGUAUGAAAUUAAAAAACUCAAUUUACUUUGUUUAUAUAUCUCUUAACAUUUGCUUAGUUCUUGAAAAUACUGCUUACAAUAGUUUGGUUUUCAAGUAGAGUGAGAUUCAUCGAGAUUAGGAAUCGAUUUUCUGCUAUAAAUGUAUUAUUUCUUUAGAUGCUUGCAAAGACGAAAAAAACUGCGUUUGAUAUAUUAGUCUCGGUGUUCAUCUUGUUUUCGUGAAGUUUUCUUUUACUCUUAUGCAUAUAUGAUCCUUUUCGAUACACUACAACAUACUGGUGUGUUAUUUUUGUCUUGCAGUUGAUAUCUGUAAGAUUUGAGACAAAGUGAAUCUUAUAAGAAUGGGAGAUGAGCCAAGGUUUAGUGAGAAAUGGGAUUUCAGAAGGCAGGAGAACAACUUUGAUGAUGAUUCUUCAAGCGACGAUCCGGAUUCAUAUUCAACUCACGAACCGAUUAUUCAUAACACAGAUCCUGUUCUUGACUCUAAUCAUCUAGACAAUGGAACAAAAACAGUGUCUACGGAGCAACCAGUGAAAACCCGGAAGAGAAGGAGCAAGAAAGAUGAGAGUAAACCUGAGAAAGCUAAACAAGUAAGGAAAAGGAAACCGAAAACUGUUUGUGCAGAGGAGAAUACGAAGAAAAAGGAAACGGUAAUGGAGACGGAUGAAGUUGGAAUGUUUAUGAAGACGUUGCUUGAUGAUCUUACAGCUUCGAGAGAGAGCUUAAUGAAUUGGAUGAACACUGAAUUGAAUGGAUCAUCGGAUCAACAUGUGUCUCGACCACCUCCGAAGAAAAGAGCGGUUGCUGCCGGACCAGUGAAGAAGAGGAGGACAAAGACGAAAGGACAAGAGGAGAAGGAGAGUGAAAAACAGAGGAAACAGGGCGAGAUAUGUCAGGAGAUGAUCAAAACUAAAGAGAAGGGUUCAGAGGUUGUGCAGAACGGUGGAGAUCAAGCUCAACAACUUGAUUAUGAUGUUGGAACGUUGGAUAUGUUUCUCAGGAGCGGUCUUGAACAAGGACAACAAGGUAUUGUUGAGCAAACUGAGAUCGAGAAUGCGACAACCAUGAAUGAGAAGAAGAGUGUUGUUUUGGCCAUUGAAGCUCCAAAGCUAAGACAGAGACAAAAGAAAGCCAGCACCAUCAAAAACAGAUCCGAAACAAAGAAAGAUGAUAACUUUGCGAUACCCUAUGUGCCACAGCUGUCUUCAUCGCCAACGUUGCAGAGCUUUCCGGUAGGUUCUUCGUUGUUUCCUUCGUCAAGCCAAGGGGUUACUUCUUUAGCAAGUAACCACAACUUCCAACCGAUGCAACCACCAGUAGUACCUCAGUUCUCUGAUCUUUAUGAAUUUCAGACAGGAUUCACAGGAGGACAAGGAUAUGACAAGAGUUCUCCGUUUCACAACAAUGGUUACUUUUCUGGUUUUCCGGCAGCUUCCCAACCUAAUCUGAUGGCACAAGUGAAUCAUACGACUUAUUCACAGCAGAGAGACAACAAUAAUAUGUUGGGAGGACUGCAGAUGAAUCCUAUGACUUAUUCACAGCAGAGAGAUAACAAUAAUAUGUUUGGAGAACUGCAAAUGGCUAUUGGAGCAAUACCAUAUUCCGGUAGCAGAUUUCCUGAAUCCGAAGCCGGUAACGGUAAUUACAGCCUCUCCGAUUACAGAACUAGCUCAGGUAGAUGAACAUCUUUUCCAAAGGCAAGAGCAACAAUUAUUAUCUACCGGUAGAGAUGGACCUCGGUGACUGACUUGUGUUCAAAGACGCAACAAAAAUGGGACUUGAAGUGUAAACUGUUGUUCACAGGAUUUCUAAUUCUUUCAAGUCUCAUUG